GGUCGUUGUUUCGAAUGUUGGGAGCUCGCGCAGAGUAGGAGGCCGUGCGCGCUGCUCGGGACACAAUUUCUACAAAUCUGAAGCUCAAGGUCGUCGACAGGCUCCGGUACCUUGAAUUUCAGGAAUAUCCUCUCCCACCCCCCCGUAACCCCCUUCUGUCAGAGCAUGGCUCAGGAGACCAAUCAGACGCAAGUGCCAAUGCUUUGCACUAUGGGAUGUGGUUUCUAUGGUAACCCCCGCACCAAUGGCAUGUGCUCUGUCUGCUACAAGGAACACCUGCAGAGACAACAGGGAGGGGGGCGAUCUAGCCCCCCAGGAGAGAAAGCUGCUGCAUCACCGUCAGGAUCACCAGGAUCAGCUGGUGUGACUGUGGAGGACACAGCCUCAGAGCUUAGUACAGAAGUAGCAGGAACCUCACCUGAGGAACAAACAACCAGCCCCAGUUCUCCGAGCCCAGUAACUCAACAGAUGACAGCUAUGAGCAUUUCCCAGGAUUCAGUAGCUGUAGACUCCGAUCGAGCAGAGGCUGAGGAGGGAGAAGAGGGGGGUACGUCAAACAGCACAGAGCCAGUGGGUGAAGCAGCACAAGCUUCUUCUGAUGGUGACCAAACUCCUGAUAAAAACAAGAAAAAGAACCGCUGCUUUUCUUGCCGGAAGAAAGUGGGCCUUACUGGUUUUGACUGUCGCUGCGGCAACCUGUUUUGUGCCAUUCAUCGUUACUCUGACAAACACGACUGUCCCUACGAUUACCGGAGUGCAGCUGCUGCGCGCAUACGCAAGGAGAACCCAAUCGUGGUGGCUGAAAAAAUUCAGAAGUUAUGAGGACUAAGUGCAAAAGAUUAAAAGAAGUCUCUCUGACUUUGUGAAUUUGAACAGUGGCCACUCGGAUGAUGACACCUGAUAUCAUGGCUUCAUUUGUUCAUGGUAGUCUAAGGCGGGUGGGUGGGGAUGUCAUUGCAGCCACAGUCCAGACACUUCUCUUACUAGCAUCUCCCUCUCUCUCCGCUAGUGACUGCAGCUGAAAUUGAGUGCUUCUGUAUGUGUGUUUGUAUGAAAGAGUGUGUGUGCGAACAUUUGCUUGAGAGUCAGGGAGAGUAGUAGGGGCUUGAUGGACAUUUGUGUUGCCAUGGGGAAGGAAGGCAUUUGAUUUUACCCCUUUUUGUUUCCCAACUUGGAGGGAUUGUGUGUUUUAUUUUAUUAUUUUUUUUAUACAAUCCCUGUAGGUAAUUAAAAUUAAAUGAGUAUAAGCUGUUAAAGAAUGUGUUGCAGCCUAAAUAAUAACACAGAUGAUCUAGUUAUAAAGAAACAGAUUUCAUGUAUCUGCAAGAUCUUUUAAGGGCUUUGGAAUAUAACAUUUUCUCCUAGACAGAAAAAUGAUGUCAAGUUCUUAUUAAAUUGGCAUUUUUCCCCCACAACUCAUUUACUCUAUGGGUCACCACAUGUUGAACUCAAAGGCUCAGCAUUUUCUAGAUCUGUCUGUCUUCAUAUUGAUUCGUAUGGAUACUGGGUGCAUGAACAGAUAUUGAUAGGGGGAGGGAAAGGGCAGGGCUAACCAAGAACCUUGACUUAACUGAGUGAUUGAAUUUUUUUUUUUUUUUUUUUUUUUUCUGUUUUAAUGAGCGUAUGACAUCAGAUGAUCUAUAUUAAUAUAUUGUAGUUAGCUUGAAUUGUGUGAUUGCAUUCUAUUUAUUUUUUAUCGUUUGGUUGGUCUGUGCUGGAGGAUUGGCAGCAUGUGUCAGCAAAUCAUUAAGAUUUGAAAGUUCUAUUUAAGUAAUUCCAUUUUUAUUGUAAAACCAUAGAAGAAAAAAAUACACAAGCUUGAUGAAGUAGAACCAGUUGAGCCGUUACAAUUAAGAUUGUGCAUUAAAAUGUCCUUCAUUUGGAUUCAGAGGCAAAGCACAACAAAGACUAUCGACUGCAGUGCACAAACUUGGCGAGCCACACCUACUUGGUUUUGUUCAGCAUUUUGGUCAUUUGCAGUUUAUCUCUGAGCUAUAUAGGCUCAGAAAAUUGCCUUGUUUGAUUUUAAGAAAGACAUUGUGCUCUCCUUGAAAGUCUUUAUUUUUUUUUUUUAAGGUUUUUUGGAGUCAGUUAAGCUCCAUGUUUCUCUAACCACCAGCAGACCACUGACACAUGCUGAAUGAAAACUGACCUGGGUCGCAGUUAUUCUACAAUACAACAAGUUCUGCUCAGUCACAGUGAAGAUUGUUGCUGUGCUGCAGAGUUGCAGACUGCUUUUACGUUGUGUUCCGAUUCAGAGGAGUCUUGAUGCGAAGACCGCUUCUAGCUAGCUUCUUCUAGGAAGAUCUAACUUACAUGCAUGUGUUCAGUCAAACAUAUGAGUUACUGUUUCGUGAAUGCACAGUUUGAAAUGGAGCUGGAAUGUAAAAAGCCACACAGCAGUAGCACAACGCAUGGCUGGAACAGUUAGGCCCAAGUUAACAGGACUCUACACUUUUUUUUUUUUUUUUUUCAAAAUGUAAAUAACAUAUGGCUUCUAUUCAUAUAGUAUAACCUUAAUGUAGAUUUUUACCAGGUAAUUAGGUGGUGGAUUAAGGUGAAGAAUAGUACUAUGUGUAUUAAAGUGCUUUUCAUGAUUAUCCAAAAAAGUUAAGUGCCACUACCUGUGGCACCAAUAUUUUACCCAAAUUUUUUCCCGUUUCAUUUACAAGUCAUCACAUUUAAUGUUCAGUGUUUUCAGUAACCAGCCCCAGCAUUUGUGUCUUCUGUUGUACAAAACUCUUAAAUUUCUAACAAGACCCUUCAAGCUUUGACAUUGCUGAACCCCAGUUCGUGCAUUUAUCCUUUUACUUAAAUCUAUUAAUAGCGUAGAGAUAUUACAGGAAGUUAAAAAAAAAAAAAAAACAACAGGCCCUUGUGAGGAUGGAAGGGAUGAUAUUGAGGUUUUAUCUUCAUAAUUAAGUUUCCCUGUAAAUAUUGCUUGAAUUUGAUGAUAAAUAUUUACAAAUUCUGCAAAGAAUCUGCAGGGCAUGCAUUUUCAAACCCAAUGCAGAACGUGUUAGAAAUGAAUAACGCUUUUCCUCUACUCAAAGAAUUGGAUAUUGAGCAAGUUUAGUUUCGGCUUCUUCAUCAGAAUUCCUGUUUAUGUUGUUGGUGAUAGGCAUGUCUGAAUGGUAGGCAUGCCAACACCAAGUUAUUUACCUUGCAUAGGUUGAGCAUCUAUAACCCCGGACUUUGAUUAAUUUUUUCCAUCAUUUACAAUCUCAUGGAAAAUUUAAAUUCAAAUUUCAGUUAGUAACAGGGUAAAUAAUUUAUAAUAUUUAUAAGCACUCAUUGGUGCUACUCUGCAUAUAUACAGGAUUUUCAGACUUGCUGGGUUAAAGAAUAUUUUUGCAUGCAAAACAUUCAGUUUUGCCUUACAAAUGAAUCCUUUCACAGAAUAAGUCUUGCACAUAGGAUGAUUGUUCAGCAGCAUAGAUCAUGAGGUCUCAUGGUUUAUGCUUGUUUUCUAUUAACUGCUCAUAUCAGUGCUCCAACCACUCAACCAGCUCUUUUUUUUUUCAUAAAUGUGAGCAGUUUGAAUGUAAAACCACCAGAUUUCACACAAUAUAGUCUUAUGUCAAAUUAUUUUGAUCUCAUGUUGACUGUCUGGCCAGAAGAUUGAUGCCCAAUUGUAUUUCAUGUGAUGAGAGACAGUUGGACCAUAAAAAUGCAUUUUGACCGUUUGCAACUUGCCACCAGCAAUUAGGGGUGCAUUGGUACAUGUUUCUUUCCUGUUGCAUAGAUAAUGUUUUGCUGUCAUCAGUCUGUCUUCAGCACAGUUGUUCAUAAUCAUAGUCUUCAUCAUACAAGUGUUAUGUUUAAUAACUAUGAUAAACCUGCAAGUUAUGAGGACUGGUUUAAGUUUAGUUUGACUGCAGAUGUAAAAUCAAAUAAAGAUGGCUUUGUUUAUUCUGUUUUUCAAGAUGAGCUGUAGGGAUAUCAAAUAAAAUCUACAUUAUUCCGAAAUGUAGUUCUUGUCCCUUGGCACUCCAGUCCCCCAGAAACACCACCAGAUUUUUUUUUCUUUUUUCUUUUUUUUUUAAGAGUUAGGACUGUAUGAUGUGUAAGUAUAAAACAAUAAAAUCACAAAGUUUAUUUUAAA